UGUUGUUUUGUUAGACAUGUUCAUACACGUUCACUAUAAGUUGCACGAGCGUUGCUUUACUCUACAAACUGGAUGUAAGCAAGAAUAUAACAGAACAGUAUAGCUAAAUAUAUCAUUUAGGGUAACGGUCCAGUUAAAGCUAGCGUUGGUUGACUUUGCAGCCUUAAUAUCCAUUUAUCUGUGUUUUGAGGGGUAGCAGUCGUCCUGUUCUACUCUGUGUGAGGAAUGGAUGCUACUCAGAGGAUCAAUGACCUAAUCGUGGAGUCAGAUGAGGAAGAAAAUGAAGAGGAGGAUGAAACUAAGAGGGGACCACCAUUGGCUAAACUGUGCAUCUUAAAAAAUGAACACAUCCCUGAGACAGAGUUGCCCCUCUAUUUGGGAGAUAAUGUUCUGGGCCGGGAUCCCAACACCUGCACCCAGUCCUUGCCAGCUCCCUCAAUAUCCAAGCAGCACGCUACCAUCUGCAUCUCCGUCUACAGGAGAAGAGGUUGUCACAGUGAAGUAGACACAGAGGCUUUGGUUUGGGACCUAGGGAGCAUGAAUGGGACCCGCAAGGGCCACCUAAAGCUGACUCCCAAUGUACGCUAUGCCCUCAGUGAACGGGACAGUUUGAUGGUGGCAGACAUCCCAUGUCAGUAUGUCAUCUGCGCUGUAGAUGCAGUCUCUUCUCAAGGGGACACGACGACUCCUGUGAGCAGAAAUGUAGACCUAAAGGCCAGGUUGCCACAUGCCUCGGGAGAAAAGGAAGGUUACACAAGCACAGGCAGCAAGAAACAUGUCAACGGAGGUACAAAGGCUAGGGUGUCUUUACCCGAUCGGGGGGACACAAGCAAGACUCCUGUCCUAACCAGUUGCCUAACCCUUGAGCAAACUCCAACCCAGCCACAGGGGAGCCUGGUCCCAGAAUCUGACUCGGACUCAGGCGGAGAAAGAGAAGACCGAAGGCGCAAGUCUAUAGUGUCCGAUUCUGACUCCCACAAAUCCAGUCCCACCUCUUCAACAUUCCUGAGUCCCACAAACAAAACCGUCCCUGAAAGUGAGGAUGAAAGUCCCAUCACACCGUCCUCCAAUAGAAAUAGGCCUCUCAGACAUGUCACCUUCAGCGCGGAGGAGACAGACGUAGAUGUGGGCCGACAGCAGCUGAAGAAACACAAGGCACUUGCGAUUGUGUCCGAUAGUGAGGAGGAGGAAGAAAGCGGACAACAUGUCCCAGUGAAACAGGAAAGCAAAGUCAGUCUUACAGGAGAAGAUGAAUUGCCUGUAUUCUCUCCAACAGUCUUUACAGAUGUGAUCCCUGAAUUUCACAUGGACAGUGACACUGAUGUCGAUGAAGAUGAUGAUGCCUUAGACAAAGUUCCCAAAGGUUUGCCUUCCUCUGCUGACCACACAAAGCCUCGUGGUAUUUCGCUCAUUCAGCCAGAGGGCAUCACUAUGGACAGUGACACUGAUGUGGAUGAUGAUGAGGAGGCAUUGUCAGACGCUGCUACAAAAGCCAAACCCACUUCACUUCAGAGCACACACACAGCUGACUCUGCUCCUUCAACGCUGGCAAAUGUCCACCUAGACAGUGACACAGAUGUUGAUGAGGGAGAAGAAAGGGAACUUGGAACAAGUAAUAAAUGCUCUAAAAUAGAUGAAAGUCCCACUAGAUUAGAUACCAAGCCUGAAUCCGCCCCCGCUGUGCCUCGCAGCCUGCAUGUAGACAGUGACACCGAUGAUGAAGCUGCUCCUUCCAUCAGUGACCGCUCGGUGGCGUCUGCUGUCACAGAAUCACGCACCGCGGCAGACGCAGGAGCUGAUUUGGGUAUUUUGUCUGACAGCGACACAGAUGUGGAAGGCGAUUCUCCUCUGGUCAUACCUGUCAUUGUCUCAGCCUUGUCAGCCGACCCUGGUGCCAUGUCAGAUUCUGAUGCAGACACAGAUGUUGAUGAAUCCAGCGUGCCCCCUGCUGGAGACGGGGUCAAUCCAGCCGACCUUAGAGUGGACAGUGACACAGAUGUGGAAGAUGAGGUGGAUUUUGGAGAGGCAGGUGAGGCCCAGAUUCCCGACCUGUGCAGAGAAAGUACGCCCAGGUUUCUGGUUCCCCUUCAGCAGAACUGCUCUACUCCUGUACACGUGUCAGAAGGAAAACUGGAAAAUCUGGAGACUUUCCUGAUACCCUCUUCAGUUCCAUUUAGACGUGCUGAAGCCCCUGCUGUAAGACCUAUCGCAUCGUCUCCCAGCUCAGACAGCCUGGAGGAUGAGGACUUGGUCGUGGCCGAGACACAGUCCUUCAUUCUUCAGACCAGAGACUGCCAGGGCAACUCUCCAGAGCACGCCACACAAGCUUCUGGCCUUCAGUCUUCUGCUGAUGAAAAAGACAAACAGUCCAGCAGAGGAGGGUCUUUCCAUCUGGGAUUGUCUGACAGCAGCCACCUGCAGGGUCUGGCCCAAACUCGAGCAAUGGAAAGCAGCCAAGGCUUUGUCUCUGUGGUCGGGGGUGUGAAUCUGGAAGAUACCCAAGCAUAUGCAGCUAUCUCAAAUGCAGACAGAACCUCCUUGGAGAAUGAUCCAAAUCUGGAGGCUACACAGGCCUUUGGAGAGGAUGUUGGACCUGCCAGAUGUUCAUUAAUGUCUGCAAAAGAAGGUCAGGUGGAUUUUUCCCUAGAAGCAACACAGGCAUUUAUUUCAGAGUCCUGCAGUGAUUCAGAGGAUGGAAUAAACACCGCUACUGCUGAGACUCAGCCUUUCGAUUGUCCUACUUCAUCUACUGUUGCCACGGCUGAAACCCAACCAAUGUCUGCCUUUGAGGAGGAGGAGGAGGAGGAGGACAGUUUGGAUGAAGAAAAUCCUGUUUCCUCUGCACUACAAGUUAAGCCCAGACCACAGAGUGGAACAGAAGAGAGGGAAAAACAUAGGGAGGCAGCUCAACCUCACAAGAGGGACCUCAUUAAGGCUUUGUUUGUAGCUGAAACUCAGCCCAUGUGUAUAACUGAGGAUGAAGAAAGUGAUGAUGAGGACUCAACUCCCGGUCCACAAAAAAGAAAAGCAAAGCAGCUGUGGUUUGAAGACGAGCAGACACAAACACUCACAAACUCUGAGCUCUCUAUUGUGGAAACUCAGCCAAAGAGGAAAGGUGAAGAUGGAGAAAGUGAUGAAGAGGACUUGAUUCCAGGUCCACGAAAAAGGAGAGCAAAGGCGCUGCAGCUUGAAGAGGAGAGCAUGCAAACACGCACAAACUCUGAUUUAUCACUUGUUCAAACUCAGCCCAUGGUUAUAAGUGGAAAUGAGGAAAGCGAUGAUGAGGACUCAACUCCAGGUCCACGAAAAAGAAAAGCAAAGCAGCUGUGGUUCGAAGACGAGCAGACACAAACACUCACAAACUCUGAGCUCUCUAUUGUGGAAACUCAGCCAAAGAGGAAAGGUGAAGAUGGAGAAAGUGAUGAAGAGGACUUGAUUCCAGGUCCACGAAAAAGGAGAGCAAAGGCGCUGCAACUUGAACAGGAGACGCCGUCCCUCACAUGUUCUGAAACUCAGCCCAUGGGUGCAUGUGAAGAUGAGCAAAGUGAUGAAAAGGACUCAACUCCAGGUCUGAGAAAAAGGAGAGCAAAGGCGCUGCAACUUAAAGAGGAGACGCCGUCCCUCACAUGUUCUGAAACUCAACCCAUGGGUGCAUGUGAAGAUGGAGAAAGUGAUGAAGAGGACUUGAUUCCAGGUCCACGAAAAAGGAGAGCAAAGGCGCUGCAACUUGAACAGGAGACGCCGUCCCUCACAUGUUCUGAAACUCAGCCCAUGGGUGCAUGUGAAGAUGAGCAAAGUGAUGAAAAGGACUCAACUCCAGGUCUGAGAAAAAGGAGAGCAAAGGCGCUGCAACUUGAACAGGAGACUCAGCCUUUAGAAACAAAAACAGGCCGGCAGCCUCAGAGAGGAAAAGGGAGACAAUCUGAAGCCGCAAACAGUGGCUCCACUAUUACAGGACAAAGAGUGACAAGGGCAAGAUUAAGAGAAGAGGAGGAGCAGGCAGAGUGUUCUGAUCCUCCUAAAACACAGACGAGAGGGAAGAAUAAAGCGGUGCCAAAAACCAGAGGAAGGAGAGGGAAAUCCAGGCCUGAUGAGGAGGAGGAGAAGGAAGAGAAGAAGGUGGAGCAGGCCAAACGAACCAGAGGGAAAAAAUCCAUGAGACAACAGAAAGAUAACGAGGAAGAGGAAGAAAGGACAAGAAAGAAGCAGGCUGAAAAUAACAACCUAAUAAAGGAGCAAGAAGACCGGAGGGAAAAACGAGACAAAUUAGAGAGGGAAAGAAAAGAGAAGGAAGCGCAAGAAAGAGUGCAGGCUGAAAAUGCAGAAAGGUUAAGGCUUGAGCAGGAGAGAGCAGAAAAAGAGAAGAUAGAGCGGGAACAAGAAGAAAAGAAAAGAGCUGAUAGGGUACAAAAGGAAGAAGAAGAACAAUUAGAGCGGGAAAGAAAGGAGAAGGAGGAAAAAGAGAGGUUGGAGACAGCAAAGAGGGAACUUGAAGAGAGACUUGAGAGGGAGAGGAAGGAACAAGAACUCCAGGCGAGACUGGAUAGAGAAGCAAAGGAGAAGGAGGAAGGGAAGAGAUUGACGAGAUUGGAGAAAGAAAAUCGAGAAAAAGAGGCCAAAGAAAAACAAAUAAAAGAGCAACAAGAAAACACGCCUGCAACACCCACAAGAAGUCGAAGAGCAGCCAGAAGAACGAUUGCUGGCCCGUGUACAACUGAGCCGGAACCAGACUCAACCAUAUCAGCCAACGAGGACGUCCCAGCAAGGAGAACCAGAUCCCGCUCCAACUCUUCCAACUCCAUCAGCUCAGAGAGGUCUUCUUCAAGUGUGAGCACCCCUGGGAGCCGGGGGAGAGGCCGAGGCAGAGGAGCAAAGAGGACCAGUGCGCCACCCCCGGCAGCCAGCGUCAGAAGCAGCGAUAGGAGGAGGACGGCGGCCGCAGAGCUAAUAACACAACAGGGCAGUAAUGAUAUUCCUCCCCAAGGAGCCCUUUCAAGGUCCAACUCCAUUAACUCCAUCAACUCUGAGAUUUCCAGCUGCAGCUUGAGCUCUCAGAGCAGAGGAAGAGGAGGCAGGCAGGGAGGAAGAGGGAGGAAAACGGAGGCAGAGCCAGACUCCAUCCCUCCUAUCAAUAGUCAGAGUGACCAGAGCUUGACUCCCAAACCUACAGCCAGAGGCAGAAAGAGCAGGAGAGCAGAGGAAUCCUCUAAUGAGGUCCCCCAUGACGAUGGAAAAGAGAAGGCAGACUCUCAGCAGGCUAGUACCACAAGGGGGCGACGGCGAGCCAUUGCAAAUGUCUCUGAGCCUGCUGCUGCAGAAAAGCAAGACCCUUCAAGUCAGGAGGGAGCCAGUGAAGAAUCGACUCCUAAAAGGAAUGUGAGGGGACGAAGCCAAAAAGUGGUGCAAAUUGUGCCUGUGGAGGCACCAGGAGCUGCAGUCAGUGAUGGAGAGGAGGCUAAAGAGACAAGAAAAGGAAGGAAGAGAGAGUUGGAGGCAAAUACAGAAGAGGCCUCCAGCAGUAGCUCCAAAGAUUACACCGGGAAGAAGAAAGCUCAAACAGCAGAGGAAGAAGAAGAAACAAAGGAGGACAUUGUAGUCCAAGUUAAGAGAAAAGGUAGAGCAUCCAGCGCUUGCCCAAAGAACAAUACAAGCGUUUCCCCCAUUGAAGUGAAGGGGAAAGAGCAGAGUGAGAACAUGGGGAAGGGGACUGUUGAGAAGAAAGGCAGAGGUCGGCUAUCGGUGGUCCAGAAGAAGAAGAAGAAGAAAGAGGAGCAGGAAGAAAGCGGCUCAUCUGUUGACCAGGAGCCACGUUUGGAGCCAUCACAGCCCCAGACUCCGACCAGCGGUGCAUCUCGGAAGCGACGGUCUCUUGCGGACUCCUCGCCUGUGGCAAAGACCCCUCGCUCGUCUUCUGCUUCCCCGGCAGCUCGUGGUCAAUUGCGAGCUGCCGGCCAGGCCUACAAGGUGCUGUUCACCGGCGUGGUGGAUGAAGACGGGGAGAGAGUGUUGGCUCGUCUGGGAGGCAGCAUGGCUAAAGGAGUGGCAGACAUGAACUGUCUGGUGACUGAUAAAGUGCGCAGGACUGUGAAGUUCCUGUGUGCCUUGGCUAAAGGAAUCCCUAUUGUCACCACACAGUGGCUGGAGAAGAGUGGUAAGGCUGGGAGCUUCCUGUCUCCUAAUGCGUUUGUUGUGAAGGAUCCAGAGCAGGAGAAGAAGUUUAAUUUCUGCCUGCAGGAGUCUCUGAAGCUUGCCAGCAGUCAUCCUCUCUUACAGGGGUACGAGGUCCAUGUCACAAAGUCUGUGAAACCAGAGCCGGUUCAUAUGAAAGACAUCAUCUCCUGCAGUGGAGCUUCCUUUCUCCCUAAGAUGCCCUCGUCUUGCAAGCCGCAGACUGUAGUGAUUUCCUGCGAGGAGGACUGGCCGCUGUGUGGCCCGGCUCUCUCUGCAUCUCUCCCAGUCGUCACCGCUGAGUUCAUUCUCACAGGGAUCCUUCAGCAGAUACUCGACCUUCAGACCCACAAACUCUCCGGCCCCGCACUCACCCUGCAGCCCGCAGGAGGCCGGGGAAGGAGCGGCAAGAAGACUUAGCACCACCGACGUCUGCGAAGAAAACACCGUCCGCGUGGUUUCUCCGUCGCUCAAACCAGAGGCCGGUAGAAACACUAGUGGGUCAGCUGUUCGUCUGUAUCAAAGACGUGAAGAAUGUAUUGUUGGUUUUUAUAGUGUUAGCUGAUAAAUGUUAAAUAACUCAUUUGACAUGCACAGCAUCCCGUUUAGCAAGAGAGCGACGGGACAAUCACAGUUUAGGGAACUUGACUGUCUUUUCCCACAAUCCUACCUGCCUGCUUGAUACGCGUGAAAAAUGUAGAUUUUAAAGUGAAGUUGCUGCUAUGCCGGGUGGGAAAUAAUAACCCACCAGCCGUCCUUGUCCCCCCUCUCUGCUCCACCCUUGUGCUCCACCCCUCUCUGUAUACAACCAUAACAAGCAGAGCAGGAAUGAACCGUUGUUGCUGCUCUCCCUGCGUGCUAAGUGCUUCAGCAGCUCCAUCAGCCCGUGUAGCAGGUGGAGCAGUCAUGAAGUGCCAAUUUUAAUAAUCAUAUUUGGGUGGUGCAGAAGUGGAACUGAUGGGGUCAACUGGACUAGAUAAAAAGAAAAGCUUGUCUCCUGUGCUGAUGAGAAAUGCAUAGUGCCUUUUUAUACCCAGAUAAUCAUGAACCUACCAGUGUGUCUUGUUCCACUGUCUCCAUUACCCACCACCACCUACUCCAUUAAGGUUUCAAUCAAUCCCAUUAGCUCCUGGGGUGCAUCACGAUAUACAGGCACCUGAAUGCUGAUGCUGCUUCUACAUCAAUCUGUUACGGCCGUGCUACGUCUACUCUGUAUGUGGACAGAACUCACAUUGGGUUUCUUCCCUGGCCCACAGUACAUGUUUGAACUUGCUGCAUCAGUUGGUGUUUUAAAGACGGACUCGUUACCUUGUAACUAAGUUUGAUUUUAAAACUAAUAUCUCAACACAUGGUUUGUUUUUGUGUCGAAUCCUGAAAUCUGUCACAAUUACCAAUGAAAACAUUAAAUCUUUUUUACGUGUA